AUGUAUGCUAUACGAAGUUAUUACGCCCCGCGGCCGCGCGUGGCCGUGCGCUCCGCCUAUGCGGGCCCCGUGGGCGCCGGCAUCCGCGAGGUCACCGUCAAUCAGAGCCUGCUGGCCCCGCUGCGGGUGGACAUCGACCCCUCCAUCCAGCAGGUGCGCCAGGAGGAGCACGAGCAGAUCAAGACCCUCAACAACAAGUUCGCUUCCUUCAUCGACAAGGUGCGGUUUCUGGAGCAGCAGAACAAGCUGCUGGAGACCAAGUGGUCACUGCUGCAAGAGCAGAAGUCAGCCAAGAGCAGCCGCCUGCCAGGCCUCUUUGAGGUGCAGAUUGCUGGCCUGCGGGGGCAGCUCGAGGCACUGCAGGUGGAUGGGGGCCGCCUGGAGGCGGAGCUGCAGAGCAUGCAGGAUAUUGUGGAAGACUUCAAGAAUAAGUAUGAAGAUGAAAUUAACCGCCGCACGGCUGCUGAGAAUGAGUUUGUGGUACUGAAGAAGGAUGUGGAUGCUGCCUUCAUGAACAAGGUGGAGUUGGAGGCCAAGGUGGAUGCCCUGAAUGAUGAGAUCAACUUCCUCAAGACCCUCAAUGAGACGGAGUUGACGGAGCUGCAGUCCCAGAUCUCGGACACGUCUGUGGUGCUGUCCAUGGACAACAGUCGCUCCCUGGACCUGGAUGGCAUUAUUGCUGACGUCAAGGCCCAGUAUGAGGAGAUGGCCAACCGCAGCCGGGCCGAGGCCGAGAGCUGGUACCAGACCAAGUUUGAGACCCUCCAGGCCCAGGCUGGGAAGCACGGGGACAACCUCCGGAAUACCCGGAAUGAGAUUGCGGAGAUGAACCGGGCCAUCCAGAGGCUGCAGGCUGAGAUUGACAACAUCAAGAACCAGUGUGCCAAGCUGGAGGCCACCAUCGCUGAGGCUGAGGAGCGUGGGGAGCUGGCACUCAAGGAUGCCCAUGCCAAGCAGGAGGAGCUGGAGGCUGCCCUGCAGCAGGCCAAGCAGGACAUGGCACGGCAGCUGCGUGAGUACCAGGAGCUGAUGAACAUCAAGCUGGCCCUGGACAUCGAGAUCGCCACCUACCGCAAGCUGCUGGAGGGCGAGGAGAGCAGGAUGGCUGGAGAUGGAGUGGGAGCCGUGAACAUCUCUGUGGCGAAUCCCAUUGGUGGUGGUGGCAGUGGCAGCGGGCUGACCUUCGGGGGAACCAUGGGCAGCAAUGCCCUGAGCUUCUCUAACAGUGGGGGCCCUGGAGCCCUCAGGACCUAUUCCAUCAGGACCACAUCUGCUGCCCGCAGGAGCACCCGAAACUGAGCCUCGGGUGUUGCCCACAGUCACAGGAGGACUCCCAGCCCUGCCUCUGCAUCCCUGGUCCCAAGACUGUAAGAUAGUCUGAAAAACAAUGUCUGAGUAGCUUCAAUAAAGCAGCCUCUUUCUGAGUGAGGCCUGGGUGAUCCCCA